GGCAAUUUACAAAGUUUAGGACACAAGCUGUAUUGUGUAGCACAGAUAUGAACGUCUCUGCAUAUGUUCAGCACUAUUGAUGAUAAUAAAAAUGUUAUACAACACCUGUUAUACACCACCACCAGGCCUGUUGGCUAGUCCUCCACCACCAGGCCUGUCGGCUAGUCCUCCACCACCAGGCCUGUCGGCUAGUCCUCCACCACCAGGCCUGUCGGCUAGUCCUCCACCACCAGGCCUGUCGGCUAGUCCUCCACCGCCAGGCCUGUCGGCUAGUCCACUACCACCAGGCCUGUCGGCUAGUCCACCACCACCAGGCCUGUCGGCUAGUCCACUACCACCAGGCCUGUCGGCUAGUCCUCCACCUCCAGGCCUGUCGGCUAGUCCUCCACCGCCAGGCCUGUCGGCUAGUCCUCCACCGCCAGGCCUGUCAGCUAGUCCACUACCACCAGGCCUGUCGGCUAGUCCUCCACCACCAGGCCUGUCGGCUAGUCCUCCACCACCAGGCCUGUCGGCUAGUCCUCCACCGCCAGGCCUGUCGGCUAGUCCUCCACCGCCAGGCCUGUCGGCUAGUCCUCCACCACCAGGCCUGUCGGCUAGUCCUCCACCACCAGGCCUGUCGGCUAGUCCUCCACCACCAGGCCUGUCGGCUAGUCCUCCACCACCAGGCCUGUCGGCUAGUCCUCCACCACCAGGCCUGUCGGCUAGUCCACUACCACCAGGCCUGUCGGCUAGUCCUCCACCUCCAGGCCUGUCGGCUAGUCCUCCACCACCAGGCCUGUCAGCUAGUCCACUACCACCAGGCCUGUCGGCUAGUCCUCCACCGCCAGGCCUGUCGGCUAGUCCUCCACCGCCAGGCCUGUCGGCUAGUCCACUACCGCCAGGCCUGUCGGCUAGUCCACCACCGCCAGGCCUGUCGGCUAGUCCUCCACCACCAGGCCUGUCGGCUAGUCCACCAUCACCCAGGCCGGUUGUCACGCCCUGGUCUAAAAAUUAG